AUGCAUCUUUGUUCAAAAAGUGCUUAUGCUAUAGCAUCGGCUUGUGCAACAUUAGUACCUUUACAUAGCAGCAUAAAAUCAUCUGAACAAUCUAUUCCGCGCAUACUUCAAAACUAUUUACUAGUCUGGCUAGAUGCCAAUAUUGAUGUAAUGAACAACUGUGAUUGUCGUAAUAUAAUCACAAUCUUACAACAAAUUGUUAAUUCUGUAAACACAUUUACUACAGUCGAAGAAUGUAUAAGUUUUAUUCGAAGUAUUAAAGAAGAAACAAUAUUCUUGAUUAUAUCUGGAUCUCUUGGCCAAACUGCCAUACAUACUGUUCAUGAUAUAUCUCAGAUUAGUUCUAUUUAUAUAUUUUGUGAAAACACAUUAGAUCAUGAAUUAUGGAUACAUAAAUGGCCAAAAAUCAGAAAUGUUUUUAUGGAAACUUCACUUCUUUGUGAAGCACUUAAACAAGCUGCUCAAGAAUAUGAUCGAAAUACUAUUUCGAUAAGUUUUAUUGAAAUGAAUAAUGAAACAUCAGAUCAAAAUUUAAAUGAAUUACAUCAAUCCUUUAUAUAUAUUCAAAUUUUGAAGAAUAUAGUAUCAACAAUAAAAUUUAAACAACAAGAUUUUAUUGAAUUUAUUAUAUAUUAUCGUAAAAAAGUUGUUGGCAAUAUCACUGAACUAAAAAAUAUUAAUAAAUUUGAACGAGAAUACCGUGAUAAUGUACCGAUCUGGUGGUAUACUUAUCCAUGUUUUCUUUAUUCUAUGCUCAAUCAUGCAUUACGUACUAUGGAUGUAGUUACUAUUAUUAAAAUGGGUUUCUUUAUAGGUGAUCUACAUCAUUAUAUUACUCAACUAUAUUCUAAACAAAAGACUGUUUGCUAUGAUUCAACUUCUUUUAUUGUAUAUCGUGGUCAAGGUAUAUCUGAGCGAGAUUUUGAGCAACUAAAAAAAACAGAAAAUCAGAUAUUAUCUUUUAAUAAUUUUUUAUUUACAAGUAAAAAUCGUGAUGUUGGAUUAAAAUUUGCGCGUCAAGCUGUUGCAACUUCUAACUUAGUAGGCAUCCUAUUUGUUAUAACAAUAGAUCCUUCUAUAGAUUCAAUUCCUUAUGCCAACAUCCGUGAUGUUAGUUAUAAUUCGAUAGAAGAAGAUUUUCUAUUUUCUAUGAAUUCUAUGUUUCGUGUUGGUCAACUUACACAAAUCAACAAUAGUAGUAAUAUUUGUCUUUGGCAAAUGGAAUUAACAUUAAUCAAUAAUACUGAUCUACAAGUUCAUGCAUUGACUGAACACACCGUAGAUAUGACAAUUCCUUAUAGUAUAGGAUGGUAUCGAUUAAGUGAAUUAUUGAUAAAACAAGGUCAAUUUAAUAAAGCUCAACAAGUAUGUGAUACAGUGAUUAAUCAAACAUCUGAUGAUGGUGAGAAAGGAUUUCUAUAUUAUCAAUAUGGUUUAAUCAAGUUUCAUCAAGGUGAAUAUGUAGAAGCAAAUUCAUAUUAUUAUUUAUCACUCAAAAUUCUUCAAAAAACUUUUUCUCCUGAACAUAUUGAUGUAGCUAUGUGUUACAAUGAAAUUGGUUUAGUCUAUGAAAAGUUAAACAAAUAUUCGAAAGCACUUUCAUUUCUUGAAACAGCACUUGAAAUCUAUGAGAAAAAUUUACCAACAGAAAAUGAUCCAAUUUUAAUGAAUCUUAAUAAAAAUAUUGCUAGAAUAUAUUUUCAAAAAGGUGAUUAUUCAAAAUCAAUUUUAUAUUAUGAAAAAAUAAUUGAAAUUUAUAACAAUAAUCUUUCUCCAAAACAUCCUGAUAUAAUUACUUCUUACAAGAAUAUUGCUUUGGUAUACGAGAAAAUGAAUGAUUAUUCAAAAGCAAUAUCAUCUUUAGAAAAAAUAAUUUCAAUUCAUUCUGAUAUGGCUGAAUUAUAUAAUAAUAUUGGUUCACUAUACGAAAAGUCGAACGAACUUUCAAUAGCACUUUCAUAUUAUGAAAAAGCACUUGAAAUUUAUGAAGAAACUUUAUCUUCAAAUCAUUCUGAAUUAGCUGCAUGUCACAAAAAUAUUGGCAGAAUAUAUUUUCAAAGAGAUGAUUAUUUAAGAGCACUUUCGUCAUAUGAAGAAGCACAUGAAAUCUAUCGAAAAAUUUUUCCAUCAAAUCAUCCUCAAUUAGCUGAUUCUUAUACCUGUCAUGGUGUUGUGUAUAAAAAAAUGGGCAAUUACACGAAAGCACUUCUAUAUUAUGAAAAAGCAUGGGAAACAUAUCAAAAUAUUCAUCCUUUAAAUCAUCUUGAUUUAGCUACUGCUUACAACAAUAUGGGUUCUGUAUAUUUCCAGAUGGGCAUAUAUUCUGUGGCACUUUCAUAUUACGAAGGAGAACUUGAAAUCUAUCAAAAAAAUCUUUCUCAAAAUUAUUCUGAUUUAACUUUUUGCUACAUUAAUAUUGGUGAUAUCUAUGAUAAGAUGGAUAUUCCUAUGAAAGCAAUUUUAUUUUAUAAAUCUGCUCUUGAUAUUGGACAGCGUUCAUCUCCUGUAAAUCAUCUUUGUCUUGAACAAUGCAAAGAAAAUAUUGAAAAAAUUCAAAAGAAAUUAUGA